AUGCACUCUAAGAACUGGCUGAGAACUGCUGAGAGCAAAAACAUUGAACUGUGCACUUUCCCAGUUCUACUUUAAAGUUAAUGUCUUCUCUCUGCAUACAGGAUUAUGUGACGUUUGAAGACUCUGUCUAAGGCCGGCUGUUCAAAGAAAUGCUACUCAGAAAAGUUCCCUGCAACCAGAGACUUUCCUGAAUGUGUUCGGCAGCCAACUGUGUGCUUCCCUUGAGGAAAAAUUGCGAGGGACUGGUGAACCCUGGAAGACUUCAUGGGGGAGUGCCAAUGUCAGCAAAUGCCACUGGAUUCAGGCCGCUCCGUCCACCUCAGGAUUCAGAGAUGGAUUUGGCCUGGCAAGAACUAAUGGCCAUUACAGAACUGCAGGAGCUUGAGGUGCCCAAUGAGAAUCCCUUUGAAACCAUCCCAUACCUUUCCAUGGAGCCCAUUGUCUCUCUCGGGAAUUUUGGAGCAAAUCAACCUCAAACAGAAUGUCUUCCGCAUGCUUGUAAUGCACAUCCUCCAUCCGCCACUUACGAAGGGUCUUACCCUGAGGCACUGCCCCCCUGCCAGAGGCUGAACACCAACACUGAAAUGCACUACGGACACUCAGGAGCCCCGCUGGCCUCUAGGUUGCACCCCAACGGACAACCCCUUCAGCCACCCCUCAUGAGCCUGCUGGAGCACAUCAACUUCGGUCCAGGGUUUGGGAAAAACGGUAUAAUUCAACCUGACGUAGCUGGCCUAACCAACAAGCAGCAACCAACCACAGAUGACAUCGAGUCAGACUCUGGUCUGUCGUUGGGCUCAAGUCCACCACUAGCGUCGCCAGAAAACGUUUUAAACAGUGCUGGUACUUUUUUACAAACAGAGACUGGGCAGGGUUACCACACAGCAAAUAUGGAAAGUAUAGGGGAGCAAGGCAGAAUGAAAGGGCAUUUCCUUUACUCUACAGAAUACCAGCCUCCCUACAACACGUAUCCCACGUCCACCUCUUACUUCUCUAUAGCCUCAAACAUGCUUCCCAUGCAUCAGCAGGCCCCAUCACAACAGCCAGGGCCACUGUUGAAACAGCAUCAGGGUUUGCCUCCAAUGCCACACGACCUUCAUCUGAACGGCUCAGGCAUGGGCGGCAGUCGCGGAGGGGCAUACCAAUUGCCUUACGUGAAGCAGAAAGUAGGCGGCGCCCCACCCCCCCUCAGCAGGGACGAACGAAGAGCGCUCGCCCUGAAAAUUCCUUUCCCGCUUGACAAAAUCGUUAACCUUCCUGUGGACGACUUCAACGAGCUCCUGACCCAGCACACGCUAACUGAUUCCCAGCUCGCCCUGAUACGGGAUAUCCGCAGACGAGGGAAAAAUAAAGUAGCAGCGCAGAACUGUCGCAAACGUAAGCUGGAGAACAUUGUGCAUCUAGAGGAUGAAGAGGCCUCCUCUUCCGACGAAGAAGAAUACGUGGUGGAGAAAGUUUUAGACAGGAGAGUCGUCAAAGGUCGUGUAGAGUACUUCCUCAAGUGGAAAGGGUUUUCAGAUAAGCACAACACCUGGGAGCCAGAGAAGAACCUGGACUGCCCCGAGCUCAUUGCAGAGUUCAUGAAGACCUAUAAAAAGUCCAGCAGCAGCAGCGGCGGCAGCAGCACCCCAAGCAGUGGGGCUAAACCCUCCAGCACAAGCUCUUCUGGGGCACGCCCUAAAGACAGCACCAACAAGAAGAGACACUCUGAAGAGGAGGAGGAGGAGGGAGGCAGCAAAGGCUUUGAGCGGGGACUGGAGCCAGAGAAGAUCAUUGGAGCCACAGAUUCCUGUGGAGACCUCAUGUUUUUAAUGAAAUGGAAGGAUUCUGACGAGGCAGAUCUGGUGCUGGCGAAAGAGGCCAAUCACAAAUGUCCGCAGAUCGUCAUUGCUUUCUACGAGGAGCGGCUCACCUGGCACGAAGACGGAGACAAGAAAGAGAAGACCGCUGAAGCCAUGUGAAGGGCAGAAGGGACAGGUUGAGACACCAGAACCUCACCCUGGCCUCCUUUGCCCUAAAGGAGAUAAGACACAAGUGCACACCCAUGUCCUGCCCUUUGUUACGGAAAAAAAAACAUUUUAAGAGACCACUGACCAUCCUGUAUAACGGCGGGCACCACAAACCUCUCAUGGUGGCCCCCCUUCCAUUUCCUCAUGCAUGGACAACUCUCUUUCUCUCUCUCUCUCUCUCUCUCUCUCUCUCUCUCUCUCUCUGUCUCUCUGUCACUCUGAGCACUUUCAGAGGAACUGAACGGUUGUGCUGAACUAUAUAGAGUGACUGAUGUUUUGGAGAAGGAUGGGUGGAUGGACGAGUGGUUGAAAUGUGAUCAGUGUUUCUUCUCCUCUUCUGGUUUUAUUUUGUCAUGUUUUACAUCAUUGUGACACUUGUGAUUUUUCCCUGUUGUUAUUCAGAGUAUGUUAGUAUGAGUGUGAUGGCAAAGCUGAUAUCUUUACAGAACUUUUUGUCAUUUUGUACCAAGCAACAUCAUUGUGUGAAUGGAAUCCACUGAGGGGUAGCACUGUAGUGACAAAGUCUCUGGAAAGUUACACAACUUUUAGUGUUUUCUUAUUUUUUUAAGGAAUACCAAGCUACUGUAGUACUCUUCUUCUCUUAUCCACUUCUCUUCAUGGGCAGUUGACCAUUUUUGACAUGUGGAUAUCUUGUAACCCUGAUCUCUGUUUUUCUGUGCAGAAAGGUUUUUUUUUAAAGCUUGGAUUCUAAAACAGCUUGCUUACUGGAUUCCAAAAUGUCAACUAAAGCACAUACUACUGAAGUAAUGUGUCAGAAAAAUCAGUCAGAUAAAACAGAGGUUCAUAGAGUUGUCCACCCCCUGCCAAGUAGGUUAGUCUUGUUAAAUGAAUUUCUUUUUAAACAAAGCUCUUUUUUGGCUCAUCUCAGGGCAGUAAAUCUGUAUAGAAUACUAAACAGAUUCCUUUGCCAUCUGUUUGAGUAGUUACAACAGCUAGACCCU